AUGGCUCCCACUUUCCGCAUUCACCGGCCAGACGUUUUGGCAUCGCUGCCGCGUCCUCUCGACCACACUAAGGGCCAGUACCACAUUGGCGAAGUUUACACACAAAAGCCCGGAUCGAAGAAGAGGAAGAGGCUGGAAGUUGUUGUUGGUGUGGAUGGAGAAGCAGCCAAUAUUUACCACGUGCCCUCGUCUGGUUUGCGAACAUCGUACCCGAUUCCGCCUCAAGAGUCCUUCACUUGCGCGCCGCACUCGAUCCGAUUCCAGGGAGAAGGCUCAAGCAGUCGCAACAACUACACAUACCUCUCCACAAGAGACACUACCGGCGCAAAGGUUACCCUCUGCCGCGAUGUGAUCGACACGACUGGCAAGACAAACUCUGCUAGCACGUCUCAGCGAGUGCGCCAUAAGUCCCCAAUCACGCAUUUGUUUACUUCCGCCGCCGUCGACACCACUAUCCUCAGCGAAAACCAAUCCGACAAGGGCCAUGUCGUUGCUCUUUGUAAGGAUGGCCAAGUCUUGUGCCUGGACGGCGAGGCAUUGGAGCAAAAAUGGAGCGCAUCGUCAUACAGCCUCUGUAAAGAUCUGCUUCCUGCGACUGUCUCAGACUACGAGGUGGAGUUCUCUCUACACGCUGCGGCAUCAGAUAUCUUGAAUGGACUAUUCCAGGGCAGACAGGACGCCUUUGGCUCUUUCGGACGCCAGAUUGACCCCAAGACCUUCAACCCCGACGUUCUCGCCUUUGUCGCCCGCACUACCAGCGAAGGAAUCACCUCAAGAUUCCUCAUCAUCUUCGGUAUAAUUACUACGGCGCCUUCGCAGCCGUUGGUUCAGCUCCACGUCACGCCCUUGCCUUCGCAAGACGAAGUUGGCACCGACUCGGCCACAUACCAGCUCCAUACCCAGUCAGGAAAGCUGCUUCAGCUUCACGGUUCAGUCCUCCGAACGUACGAUCUGACGAGCGCCGUGCCCAAGUUGCAAGGCAGUCUGCCUCUGCCGGAUUUGACUUCAUUCCUCCAACUUUCAGACCACUCGGUUCUGUGCCUAUCAAAAACCUCUGCCAGCAUGAUGAACCCCACCUUCCACUCGAUUCAGGCUUCGACAGCAGUCGAGUUCUCCGAGGCCACUGAGCAGCAGAAGCCAACGCUCGUGACUUUCCUGUCAAAGCUCGACAUGGCGGUAGCGGUUGUUGGCAACACGUUGGUCUCUAUACAGAUUGAACGCCCCAAGUCUCACAGCAAGGAAGGUCUUCUCAUCGAUUCCAUCGGCAGAGGUCUGCCAAGGUCUGACCGUGUGCCAACAAGCCUUCCCAAGACUGGCAACGAAACGUUUGAAAACUACCUCCCAGGAACCCUGUCUGACGAAUACGUCAAGGAGUCUCUAGCUGAUGUCGUGAGAGCGGAUGGGUUUAUGCAGGAACAAGAUUGGAAGUCAUUCGAAGCCCUGCUUGCGCAAAGAUUUGGGGUCGCAGUGCAACAGGAGGUUGUCUCUAAUGACCUCCAGACGCCAACCUGGAAGUGGCUGGCUGAAUCAGAAGCGUACCCUGCCGUUGACCGCAGGUGGGUGCUUUACGCCAUCAGCAGAGUCUUCUCGAUGGAGAUUCAGAGCCCCGAGUCGGCCAUUCUUCGAUGCAACCUUCCCGCGAGCAACGUCCUGAUCUACCUCAUUGCUGCUGGCCACCUCACGAAUGCCAACAUGUGUGCGGCCUUCAAGAGCGAGCUGGCCGAGGUGGCAUCGAAGGAUUCGGUCAUUGACAAGCUGGUUCAGAAUCUCGUCGUCAUGAACCCUGCGAUGGAGCUGCUCCUCAGCUAUGUCACGGCAACCAAGCUCGGCGAGAAGGACUUGCUGGUGGUGGUCCGCGCCAUCAUGCAGACCCUCAACAUGAAGCCGCCGCAAGAGCUUCUUGCGCUGACAGAAACUGAGCAAGAAGAGGAUGUGGCGAUGGAGAUUGAGAAGACAGAACAAACACUGGAAAUGGCCGAGGUGGCCGUAUACCACAUGGACGACGACCGCAACCUCCGCGAACGAGCUCUCACAACAGCAUUCGAGAAGCUUGCAAGCUACUCGUCUAUCGCGACGGUGCGCGCCCUCCGCGAGACUCUCAGCCCGACGGAGAUUCUGUCACUCAUCGACACUCUGCGAACACAACUCUACCGCGGCGCCUGGACAUCACGGUACUUUGACAUGACAGACAUGGACAAGGACGAGGCCGCAGGAACACCGCCGGAUGGCACCAUCUCUCUCAUUGCAGAACUGAUUUCCCGAUGCAUUGAUUCCAUCGGCCUCAGUGGAUGGCUUACAAAUGGAGCAUCCUCCGUGGGCGGCCGUGCGGACGCGCUUGAAUUCAUUACUAACCUGAGCAACGAAGUCAGCGCGGCCCUGACCGGUCUGCACGAAACAGUCCUCCUGGACGGCUACGUUGGCGAAGCGGUUCAGUACGGCAGAACAGCAAAGACGGGAUCAUCAGCCAACGCGGCUGCUUCCGCGCGCGCUGGGGCCCUCGCUAAGCCGGUCUCCCUCGACGUGGAACUCUCGACUCGCUUGCCUCUGGGACUCGUGUCCAAGCAGCAUGUGUCUAACCAGAAGAUUGUUUCGGGCGGCGAGGUGCUCGAGAGGAGCUCGCGUGAGAGAGGACACCUGCUGAGUCAGAAGGUCAAGGCGUAUUCGCUGGAGAGGAUCUCCAUUUGA